AUGGCUUUCUUUGUUCCCAUCAUUCUCUUCAUGUUCACUAUUUCAACCGAUGCUCAAGACAACCCACCUUCACCAGGAUACAACCUUAGUUCUAGGAUUGACACCGUAGCCUUUGAUCAAGUUUAUAGAACCUUAUGGGGCCCACAAAACCAGCGGUUUGAUCAAAACUCGCUCACCAUCUGGCUUGACGAGUCUUCUGGAAGUGGUUUUAAGUCGAUAAAACCGUAUAAAUCGGGUUACUUUGGGACAGCGGUCAAGCUUCACCCUGGUUACACGGCUGGAGUCAUCACAUCAUUUUACCUUUCUAAUGGCGAAGAUCAUCCUGGAAACCAUGACGAAAUUGACAUCGAGUUUCUUGGGACAACACCAGAUAAACCAUACAUAUUACAAACGAAUGUAUACAUGAGAGGAAGUGGAGAUGGGAACAUCAUAGGACGAGAACAUCGAAUCCACCUUUGGUUCGACCCGACACAAGAUUUUCAUGAUUAUGCAAUAGUAUGGACACCCAACGAGAUAAUUUUUUUUGUGGACGAUGUGCCGAUUCGAAGGUACCCAAGGAAAAGUGACGAGACGUUUCCUUUAAGACCGAUGUAUGUGUAUGGGUCGAUAUGGGAUGCGUCUUCAUGGGCCACUGAAAACGGUAAAUACAAAGCAAACUAUGGGUACCAACCUUUUCUUGGUAGGUAUAGAAACUUCAAGCUUAAAGGUUGUGAAGCUGACACACCACUAUCAUGCCUCCCUCCAUCCGGUUCUCCGGCCACCACCGAAGGGCUGAGCUGCCAGCAAGUGGUGGCAAUGCAAUGGGUUCAAAGUAGAUACAAAGUGUAUGAUUAUUGUUUAGACCCAAAAAGAGACCAGACCCAAACACCAGAGUGUUAG